AUGCCUUCCGCGCAAUCAGCAGCGAAGUUAGAGCGCGAGAAAAAGCUGAAGGCCGUUCUAACAUUCGCCUCGACUCUCACCAAACGUAUCGAUGCCGGCAAUGAUACUGCGCUCAUCGGUGACCUUCAAGCACAAAUCCGUAGCCUACCUCUCCAAGCCUCAUCCGCCGUCACCGCGAAACAGGAUGAACUCGAUAAACUAGGAACCGAGCUCUGGAACCAAGCCACACGUUUGCGGCGCAAUGACGAAUCUGGCGCCGAUAGCCAAUCGAAAGAUGCGACAGCGAACAAACCCCGUGUCUUACCUUUCUUAAGGGCCUACGCGUUCCUGCUGCUCGACUUGGCUGGCGGUUUAGGACCGAAAGGAAAACAGCGUAAGAGCUGUAUCCGUUUGAUCAAGGUUGCGCUGAAGGCCGCGAGAGUGUGUAUUGAGAAGGAUGAGUUGGGUAUUGCGAUGAAGGUUCUUGAACGCGCCGCUGAGUAUGAGGAGGUUUUGAGUAAGAGGAAUGAGGGCGAGAACGAGAGGGAUGUGGAGCUUGCGGAUGGGUUAAGGGUUCAGUAUUUUGCUGUGCGGACAACUCUCUCAUGGCGCAAUAACCGCAUGGACUUGGCAGAGCACAUGUUCAUGAAGUGUAAAAAGCUUGGGAAGGGCUUCAAUCCUACCACAACUGAGCAGCUGGCCGAUCUACUUUACGAGAUUGGCAAAGCUGCCUUGGUGAAACGCGAUUACGAAGUUGCUGUGAGGUGGCUAGAGCGCGCAUAUGAUGUCCUUGAAGAGCAGGGUCUGGACAUGCUCAGCCCGGAGAUUGGUGAGCUAAGACUCAGCAUUAUGCAGAGUAUUGUCAAGGCGUACGUGGGGACGAAGACAGCGGACACACAAGAGAAGGCCUGGCAAAUGAUGAAGUUGAUGGAGACUGACUUCGGGGACAAGAUGAUAGUCUCGUUACUGAAGAUCGAGCUGCUAUCAGAGGCUCAAUCCAUCGAUACAGCCGAGUUUUACAACGUCCUUUUGCGGAUGAUACGUACCGUCGUGCUGAACGAUACGAAUUUCAAAACUAUAAUGCACCAUAUACACAAGCUCAAGGAUCACAGCAGUGUUACUGCCUGCAAGGCUCUCGAAGAUCUGAUCGACAUUCGACUGUUCCGGGAAGAGAAUCAGUCUUGGAUCGAGAAGGCAGUCAUCACACGGAUUUGGAUUGGUACAAAUAGCAGUUUUUCCGAGAACGUGAGAGAAGAAAUGCAGGAGCUCUUCGAUACUGUGGAGCAGAACUCGAAGAUGAGACUGUCUGCUCCUGCAACACAUGCUGCGCAGACAUUGUUAUGGAAGAGAGUCGAGGCCGCAUCUAGCCAGGAACAACACAACGUGGCUGAAGCUUGGUGUCGAAUGUGUCUUCAUGCUAUCUUUGAAAAGGCUGGAGCUCAGAAUAAAGCCAAAGUCGUGCGGAAGAUCAUACAGUGCGCAUUGGCGAGGCAAGAUUACGAGGCGGCGAGAGAAGUGCAUGCGAAAAUGCCUGAGAGUGGUAGAAACGAACCGGUGACGCGAUACCUGAUGUACAAGGCGGGCCUGCGAGGCGGCGACGAACAAUUCGCGGCCGAAUGCCUCGAUCAUGUUUGUCGGAGUUCCGCGAAAGAUGCUACUCUGCUUUACGCUUGCGUCAUGGAGGCUCAGAGUGCGGGGGACAAGAGACAGGCUAUCUGUGCUCUGGAAAAGGUCCUUGAGAAGUACGAACAUAGUGCGCCAGCAGAGAUACAUCUUCCUGCCCUACUGCGGUCUACUGCUCGUAUGCUGGUGUCUGAGCUUACCAAAGACGGCGGCAUCGAUACUAGCGUCUUGGGACAGAUUUGCAACGUCUUCGAAGGAGCAUGCGCUCAAGCCAAAGUAUUUCGUACCAGACCGAGCACCCCGGCCAAGGAACUGUUUACAGCCGUGGAGAUUGAGUGGUUCUCAAAGAAUGCUUACAACAUAGCGCUCAAGUACUGCGCGGAGAUGCCACCAGGGCUUCUGGUUAGAUUACUCAGCUGUUGUGCUGAAUUGAUCAAACUCCUCAGGGAUAAGACUCGGCCAAAUGCAAACAGCGAUCUUUGCCUCCGACUGGUGUUCUGCGAAUUCCUUGCCGCUUGUGCUUACACUACACUCGCGCGCGCAGAGGAUAACACCGAGCAGAGCAUCCACCACUAUCUUGAAGCACGCAAGCACAGUCAGGAGUUUCGACGCGCUGCAGCGGAAGGUAUAGACAAACUUGGUGGAACUUCUCAAGCCGACAUUGUUUCCAAACACUUCCAGGUUGUUAAACUGGAGCUCGAAGCUGCACUUAAGCUUCAGAAGUGGGAUGAACUUGACGAGCUUUUCGACCAGUGCUGGAAGUACAAGAGUUCAGACCAUUACGAAACGUUGGCGGAUCUUGUCCUGGUCAUACAUGCUUGCAUCGUGAAAGCGGGGCUGGAUGUCAAAUAUCGGACGAAGGUACUAUCUGUCCUUGAGAAGAUCAUCAACUUGACUUGUCGACAACCAGGCCGCGACAUAACGAAGCUGGCCCGUUGGCUUCGGUGCCUGUUCAGCCUUUCACUUGAGCAUGACGAGAAAGUCAGUCUCAAAUGUAUCGAGCAAGUCACGCAUAUCGCAGCGACGCAGCAAAGCACAUUCUGUCCUAUCACCACAAUAUCUGAUUUAGACACACCACCACCGUCUUCUGACCCUGCGAAGGCCGGAGACGCUGCAGACUCGGCUGACGAUUGUAUCAAGGAGCUUGAGUGCUACCCCAAGACAGAGCUCGAGUGGCUUGCAAGUACUGUCUUCAAUCGUGCUAUAGAUUAUUAUCUGCAAGAAAACGACGACGCGACUAAGAGAUGGGCAGAUCAGGCGUUCAUCGUAGCACAGUGGAUUGAUGAUGGCGGUGCGACAAGGGAUAACUUGAUGGCAAGAUUUGCGAAUCUGAAGUUGGGCGAGCAGUCGGCAGAGCAAGCGGGUUGA